UAACCUAAAACAAAACAAAGAACCACAACGAGUUGAAAACACGUUUUGUUACGAAAAAAGACAAAAAUGGAGUCCCUCUUAAUUCAACACAUAAUAACACCAUUGCAUGCAGUCCAUCUUAAUCAAACAACACCUGACCACAGGAGAACACAACACAAGAUGGAGUUGACUUUAACUGAAGAAGAUGCAGCUCAUUGGGUUUAUAGAGGUGAAGGUGCUGCUAAUCUUGUUCUCUCUUACACUGGUUCCUCUCCUUCUUAUAUUGGGAAAGUGAUGCGCAUUCGCAAGUCUCCAAGGAAGGAAUCAGCGUUGCAAGGAGUGAGGAAUACCAUAGCUCUGACUCCACAUGAACGGCUCAUCUGGAAAGAUGUACCUGAACUUAUUUCCUCUUCAGAUAAGGAAAUUGCUGGGCAACUAUAUGUAGAGCAUGUCAUGAAGCCUUUGCUUGGUUCCAAAUAUGUUGAUGCUGGGACUCACAUUCUGGUGACCAAGGAAUUCCUUGAGACGGUUGAGAGGAAUGUUGCUAGUCAACGUCCUGCUGGGAGAGUUGAUGUUUCCCGGGUUGAUACACAAUGUGAUUUUGGUCUUCUCAUGUCGGAUCAUUCAAUCUUCCCUCAAGGUAGUCAAGGAUCUAUCCCCAGCUUAUCAGUUGAGAUAAAGCCUAAAUGCGGAUUUCUUCCUACUUCAAGAUUCAUAUCUGAAGAAACUGCUAUCAAGAGGAGGAAAACUCGAUUCGAAAUGCAUCAAGCUCUGAAAUUGCAACAUGGAGAGAUUUCACAGCGGAGUGUGUACAACCCACUCGAUCUGUUCUCUGGAUCCAAGGAAAGAAUUCAUAAAGCUGUCAAAGAUCUCUUUACUACUCCUCAAAACAAUUUCCGCGUAUUUUUAAAUGGUUCUCUCAUACUUGGAGGGCUAGGAGGUGGUGCUGAAAGUACAGAUGCAUCUAUUGCUAAAGUACUUGAAGAUGAACUUCAGUCAGUCAUUCAAGCUGAUGAUGGCCAAUGUACAGAGAACUUAUUUACUCUUGUUACUGAAGCCGUGCAAAAAUCAGGAGUACUUGACAAGCUCCUUGAGGUUCAGAAGCUUGACAAUAUUGACAUAGAAGGAGUAAUUCAUGCAUAUUACAACAUUACUUCUCAACAGAGCAUGGCACGUAAAGCAUUGGAUGAAGAACAAGCAAAAAAAUAUGCCUCUUUGCAUUCUGCAUCACUGGAGGAAAGCUUGAGAAUUGUAAAGGACUACCUGAUAGCAGCAACUGCAAAAGACUGCAGUUUGAUGAUAUGUUUUAGACCAAGGAAAGAGGAGGGUUCUGGAUCUGCCUACGAUACUGUAUAUCUUGAGUCAACUAAGCAAGCCUUUGAUUUCAAGGUACAUUUUAUUGACCUCGAUUUAAAGCGGUUGAGUAAAGUAGAAGACUACUACAAGUUAGAUAAGAAGAUAGUGAACUGUUACAAAGAGAUGAGCAAAUUGGAUCAUGGAAGAAAUGGAGAUGCAAACUUAUAGGGACUUGAAGUUGCAUGCUGAGAUUUCAUAGAUUUCUUCCUUACAAAAUGUUUUUGUGAUAGUUAAAAUGUGAAGAUUCAACCUGCAUAAAUAUUUGGCUUCACAACUCAACGAUCAGUUUUUUUUGUAGACUGGGACUAUCAGAAUUCAUCUUUUACAUAAAUAUUUUGUGUUUGUAUUACAUAAUGAGUAAUGAUAUUUGUA